AUGCAGGCCACGGGCAGAGGUGGAAAGAAUGUCCUGCUGUCCAUGCGCCUUAUGCAGUCAGAUAAUCAGUGGACGCUUUCGUCCAUUACGGUCGGUGAGGGCUGCAGGGACCCGUCCGUCGAGGAGUGGGGGGUCGGCGGAAACCUCCUUGCGAUGGCUCGCUGUGCGGGCGGCUACUACGACGUGUACGACUCCACCGAGGCCGGUACAGCUUGGUACGAGAUAGGUGAGCCGAUUACCCGCGUGUGGGGCAACUCACUGAGGCGCCAGGGAGGGCACGGCGUGCAGGGCGGACUCACCACCGCAGACAUCGAGGACACGGAGGUGAUGCUCCUCACCACGCCGGUGUAUGCAGAGGACGCAGGCGCCGCCGCAAAGGCUCAGCUGCAUCUUUGGUUGACCGACAUGCAACGCGUAUCCCUGGCGUAA